UCACUACCAAAUAUGGUGAUGAGAGUAAGAAGCCCUGUGGCCGGCAGCGGGAAAGAUGGAGCGAGAUGGAUUUUGGCCAACAUUCUGCAGAUUUUCUCAUCAAUAAAACAUUUGAUCUACAUACAGUAUUCUGUUUCCAAAAACUUGCAGACUUCACCCUUUGCCAAAGUUUCUGAAAUGUGCGUUUAGAAGGAGCGCAAGAGCGAACUGAGUUAUUGCACAUGCGCACUUCACAGAUUAGGCAAAUAUGCAAAUAAUUGCUACAACGCGCCAAUAGAAUCUCAGUAGCUGGUGCAUGGCUCUGCCCAUCAUCUCCCUGCUUGUUCUAGCCACUAUGAUAAAAUCACUCCCAUUGGAAAAGACAGGCUCUGGUCUAUCUUGGGUUAGUUAUAAAAAUCUUCGAUGAAGCAUGUCGGUACGUCACAGAUUACACCUUUUCACGUCCAAUACGUCACGAGGGUUUAAAAUAAGUAGCAAUUUCCGCGUUCUUUGCAUAGCAACAGGAGGGCAGCGAAUAUGGCGGAUUGUACGGACCCCGUUAAAUAACGUGUGGGAAGUUGACACCAAAAGAAGCGAGAAGCUGGAGUUUUUAACUAUUUAAACGGAGUGACCGAGUCCUCCAAGACUUACGCCCUAAAUCAUGGCCUCAGUUAAUGUCCGAAUCGGCCAACAAGCCUUGACCGUGCUGGAUGUGGCAUUUCGAGUCCCUUGUAUCUUUAUUAUCGACGCCAUUUUUAACUCUUACUAUGAUCCUGGGUCAGGAUGGGCCGGAACAGCGAGCAAGAUUUUAAUCCGAGUAAUGGGUAUCGUGGUCUCCGGUGUGGUCCUGGUGUUGUCCCAGAAGGCCCUAUUCAAGUUCUACACGCUAUUCUUCGCUGUGCUCCUGGGGGUGGUGGCCGUUCUUAUCAACUACUACGCCAUAUCUCACAUAGACUUCUACAGUGCCUACUACAAAGCAGCGCUGGGCUUUAGACUCGUACCACGAAACGGGCCCACCCUAUGGUUGGGCAUGGCCGUGGUGCAACUCCUUUUCGGCAUGGGCUAUGUGGUGCUGCUAAACAUUCAGUCUGUGUUUGCUGCUCUUGUGGUCCUGGAUGUCAUGAUUCCGCUGUGGGGGCUCAUCAUCGAGCUUCCCGUGGACGUACGGCAACUGGUAGCGGUGACCUCGGGCCUGGCUCUGGCUCUGAACACGGCUGUGUGUCUGGCCCUUAAGCUCAAGUGGUUCUACUACUCCUGCCGCUACGUCUACCUGCUGGUGCGCCACAUGUACCGCAUCUACGGGCUGCAGCUUCUGGUGGAGGACACCUGGAAGAGGAUCCGCUUCCCGGACGUGCUGCGUGUCUUCUGGCUCACACGCAUGACAGCGCAGGCCGUCAUCCUAGUCUACGUAGUCAAGGUGGUGCGGCACGAGAGCGGCGAACACAGCUACCUGAUGUGGGAUGUCUUCUGGGACCUGUUCAGCAACCUUAUCAUCAGCGGCUGCGACUCUACACUGACCGUGUUGGGCAUGAGUGCCGUCAUCUCGUCUAUCGCCCACUACCUGGGCCUCAGCAUCCUGGCAUUCAUCGGCUCCACCGAGGAAGAGGACAAGCGGCUGGGCUUCGUGGCACCCGUUCUUUUCUUCAUCCUGGCCCUGCAAACGGGCCUGAGUGGUCUGGACCCUGAGGAACGGCUGGUACGGCUCAGCCGCAACAUGUGCCUUCUGCUGACUGCCAUCCUGCACUUCAUCCAUGGCAUGACGGACCCCGUGCUCAUGUCGCUGAGUGCCUCGCACGUCUCCUCCUUCCGCCGCCACUUCCCGGUCCUGCUGGUGUCACUCUGCCUCUUCGUGCUGCCUGUUGUGCUCAGCUACACCCUGUGGCACCGCUACGCCCUCAACACCUGGCUGUUCGCCGUCACGGCCUUCUGCGUGGAGCUCUGCCUCAAGGUGGUGGUGUCGCUGACGGUCUACGCCCUGUUUAUGGUGGAUGGCUACUACAACGUGCUGUGGGAGAAGCUGGAUGACCACGUCUACUGCGUGCGCUCCACGGGCAACGUCAUCGAGUUUGUCUUUGGCGUCAUCAUGUUUGGAAACGGCGCCUACACCAUGAUGUUCGAGGCGGGCAGCAAGAUCCGCGCCUGCAUGAUGUGCCUACACGCCUACUUCAACAUCUACCUACAGGCCAAGAACGGCUGGAAGACCUUCAUCAACCGCCGUACAGCUGUCAAGAAGAUCAACUCCCUGCCGGAGGUGAAGGGUGGCCAGCUGCGCGACAUCGAGGACGUCUGCGCCAUAUGCUACCAGGAGUUUGCCACAUCGGCACGUAUCACGCCGUGCCAACACUACUUCCACGCACUCUGCCUCCGUAAGUGGCUCUACAUCCAGGACACGUGUCCCAUGUGCCACCAGAAGGUGUACAUUGAGGAGGAGGCCCGGGACAGGGUGCCCUUCAACAACAACGGCUACGUGGCGCCAGGCGGGGACCUGGGCCAGUUCGCAGAGCCCGGCGGGGCAGAGGCUGCAGCAGCCGCAGGUGGGCCUGAGCAUGAGAAUGAACUACUGGAGGAUAAUGAUAGUAUUGAGUAUGACGAGGAUGAGUGGGGGACAGAGAACGGUGAAACGCCCAUAGAGGAAGACUAUAUUAAUGAUGACACAGACUCUAACGGGGACUGAUCAGCCCUAUAGAGAUAAAUAUAUUAUAUAUAUUUAAGUACAUUUUCUCAACAUCAGGGAUGUCACUCAUUUUCACUCUUAAGAUUUGUUUCCUUUUUUGUUUGUCUUUGGGUUAGCUCCUCCAAGGGCUUGCAGAAGUGUAGCUGCUAUGAUGAAGUGUGCCUAGGUGGUUGGGUGUCCCAACAGGUGCAGUUCUGUGUGAGAGACCCACAUUCCUUGUGUUUUGUAGGGAUGCUGUUGGUCGUGUGUUUGCUGUUUUGCUGAAAGAAAGUAAGCAGGGAGCCGAGACGGUUUUCAAGAGCUCCGGCGCCAAGAAGAGGUUUAAUUAAAACGUGAAGUUCUACUGUAAUCACAGAUAUACCUCUUAUUAUUACUACUGGUCUCUUGUGUGACCUUGCUUAAAUUGUGUACGUUAUUGUACAUGUAAUAAAAAUACACUUUCCCUUAGAAAAGAGAAGGUUGUAUUCAAAUGAGUGUUUUGAGAGAUGCUACUUUACUCGACUUCAAGAGAUGUUUGAGUCUUACCUUGGAAAUGAAACCGCAACAUUGCACCAUGUUUUGCUUAGACCAUGUGUACAUUAAGAGAUCUCUGCACUUCAACUCACUUGGUUGAAAUAGUUUUGUUAGUGAUGCUUAUCUGCACUUUUGCAGUUUUUAGUUUUUAAAAGGGCAGUUCAUUUUACAACUGAAAUGACAUUCUUUAGAAAUGGCAACAGCUUCCAGAGCAACUAAAGAUUACAAUGUUAUCUUCAAUACAAUAGUAAUUAUUAUUAAUCAUACUGAAAGUAUCACUUGUCCUCAUCAGGAAUUGAGAGGCAUCUUAUUUCAUUGAAAAGCUGUGCUUUCAGUUUGUUUCAGCAAUGAAGGACUUUGAUUAUUGGUUUAGUUGUUUGCUCUUAAUGACAGGUAAAGCUGUUCAUUUUGCAUUUUGUAUUAAAAAAAAGAAUGUAAAUAAAAUCAUCUUUAAUAGUG